AUGAUUUCCAUGCCAGGGACUAACACCUCAGGUAACUACAGCCUGACCAAUUAUGGCAGUGAUUCUGCUUUAUUUCAAAGUGCCACUAUUAACGUUGGUGUGCUGUUCCUGCUCCUGCCCAUCCCCAUCGUCGCCAUCAUGGGAAAUCUUUUCAUCAUGGCUGCAGUGGCCCGUUUCCAAAGCCUCCAGACGCCCACCAAUGCUUUCGUGGUCUCCCUGGCAGUGGCAGACUUCCUGGUUGCCGUGCUGGUGAUGCCUUUUAGUCUGGUGCGGUCCAUCGACAGCUGGCACUUUGGGCACUGCUUCUGCCGAGCACAUUUCUUGCUCGAUGUCACCUUCUGUACAUCCUCCAUUUUUAAUCUCAGCUGCAUAGCACUGGACCGGUACAUAGCAGUGUGCGACCCGCUGCACUAUGCUGCCCGUAUGUCUCCCAGACGUGUGGCCAUGCUGCUGCUGCUCUGCUGGGUUCUGCCUCUGGUCAUCUCCUCCCUGUGCGUCUCCCUCGGCACGUACACUCAGCCGCCUCUUGCUGUGGUCAGCAGCAGCGCGCAGCAGGAUACUCAAAUCUGUCUGGUCUCUUUUCAAGUCCCCUAUGCCUUUGCAACCUCGGCUGUGACCUUCUUCAUUCCCAUGGGUUUCAUGCUGUUUGCCUAUGGGAAAAUCUUCAAGGCUGCCCAGAAACAGGGAAGGUGGAUCCAUGCAAUUGAUCACCGUACUGGGCAGCUUCAGAUUAACCAGAGCCCCGUGAGGACUGCCACCGGCAGACGAGUCCAAGGUCGUGUGGAAAGAUACUCUCUGAAGAAAGAAUGGAAGGCUAUUAAGACUCUGGGUCUGAUUAUGGGGGUCUUCCUGCUCUGUUGGCUUCCUUUCUUCUGUGUGAACAUGGUCCAUCCUCUGAAGGGCUACAGUGUCAGCUCCCUGGUCCUGGAGGCCUCCUUGUGGCUUGGAUAUGCUAACUCAUCUCUGAACCCUUUCCUCUAUGCCUUAUUUAACAAGAACUACCAUCAUGUAUUUGCAGUCAUGCUUGACUGUGUGCCUUUGGGGAGGCAUUUAAGAGCAGGUUUGGACUCCUCAGUCUUUGGCAGACAAGCACAUACUGUUGUUACCUUGGAGACCAUUUCAAGAUGA